CUUCAGGUGGCAGUUUCUCCAGUUCUCUGUGGAAAUGCCAACAAAUUGCUUAGACAUCAUUUUUUGUAUGCAAAACAUCUGCUUUCCUGAAGAGCUAACCCCUCCCUCCAAGGAAUGAACAAUUUUAAGUGGAAGUCAUUUAUAGAUAUCAGUGGCAUAUUGUGACUUCUCAUUUUCAGGGUGUAAUUUUGCUUAAUUUCAGUUCCUCUGGGCAUUCUAAGUGGCGUGAUUAUGAGAGCUUUGUUGAAAACUGGAUAUUCCAUUUUGAUUCAUCAUGAGCAUUACUUAAUUUGAAAAGGUUCAUACUGUUCCCAGCCAUGAGUUAAUGCCCUGAUUGUUGCAGCAGAUGAGAUGGCAGGAUGAGUGCUGGCAGUGAACCUGCUGAAUCCAUUGUGUAUGUUGAAAAUUAUUUGGGUCUUUCUAGGUCUUCCCUUCCUUGUCAAAACUCCUUUGAUAUAUAAAAGGCAUAAAACAAGGCCUGGCUAUUGAAGAUCAAUGAGGAAGGCAGAUACUGCAUUUAGAAGCAAGCCUCAUGACGUGGCUUUUCUUGCUUAAAACACACACGGAGAACUUUAAAGGGACAGUGGCCUGUGAUGACAUUUUGCAGAGUGCCAGCAUCCCUCCUUUAUGAGCUUGAACAGGAACUGGAUACAGAUGAAAAGGAAACCAUGCUCUUCUUAUGCAGAGAUUUCAUGCCUGACUUAUCUGUGCCUGAUGUCCUACAGCUCUUGAUGGGUUUGAACGAGAAGGGGAUGCUGACCACCAUCAACAUAUCUGAAUUAUUAUACAGGCUGAAAAGAUUUGACUUGUUAAAAAAGUUCCUGGGGACCGGAAGAGCAGCUGUGGAAGCCAAUUUGGCCAAGUAUCCUCAGAUGUUGUCAAAGUACAGGGUGCUCAUGGCUGAAAUCAGUGAGGAUCUGGACAAAGAAGACUUGAGAUCUCUUUCUUUCCUUCUGAAAAAUUACCUUGGUACAUCCCACAAGGAGAAGAGUUUUCUGGCAAUUAUAACUGACCUUGAGAAGCUAGAUCUGGUAUCUCCUGACCAUCUGGAUUUAACAGAAAAUUGCUUCCUGACCAUUCACAGGACAGACUUGGCAAAAAAGAUUCAGAAGCACAAGCUAGAAGCUCUAGGGCCGUUUCCAGCUAUGAACACAAACCCUCUUCAGGUGUCCUUUCCCAAGUUAUCUCUUGCUGACCCUCCAAAGAUUGCAAACAAGGAAAGGGUGAUGAACGGAGCCUGUGCUGUCCAGGCAGAACAGAUUCAUAUAGCCAUUCCAGAAACAAGAAGCGCCUUAGCACAGGGCCCUAACAAGUACAGAAUGCAAAGCAAGCCUUUAGGAGUGUGCCUGAUUAUUGACUGCAUUGGCAAUGAUGCAGGUUUGUUGGCGGAUACCUUUAAAGUGCUACAUUUUGAAGUUCACUGUCGACUGUUUCUGAAUAUGGAUGCAAUGAUGCAUGAUUUGUAUGAAGUAUCAAAGCUAAGAGCACAGAAAGACGCAGACUGCUUUGUUUGCGUGCUUGUCAGUCGCGGGAACCAUCACAGUGUAUUCUGCACAGACCAUAUUGUUCCAGGAUUCCAACUGGAAAGGCUGAAGGAUUUCUUUACUGGCGAGAGGUGUCCUGAUCUCUUAGGAAAACCAAAGCUCUUCUUUGUCCAGAACUAUGUUGAGCCACAAAAUUGGCAAGAAAACACCAGCCUGACAGAGGCGGAUGGAGAUCUAUGUACCAUCCCACAAGGAGCAGACAUUCUCUGGAGCCACUGCAUGUUGGAUGCCUCUGCCCUGGACAGAUCCCCAAGUGCAUCGUCCUAUUAUCUCUCCAAUUUAGCUGACCUCCUGAUGGAUCCUCAUAAGAGAAAGCUGCCUCUGCUGGAUAUUCUUGUGGAGCUGAACAACAGAAUUUAUGAGUGGAAUAGAAUUAAUCCUACAGAACAGUACUUACUCCUAUUGAAGCACACCCUGAGGAAAAAACUUUUCCUGUCUGGCAACUAAAGGCCCUUGUGAAGCCUUUCUGAGAUUGCUGUCUACCAGUUUCUCUUGGAGGGUCAAGCACAGCAUAUCUGGGAGCAUUCAGAAACAUUUUGUGCUUUAGACAAAAUAAUUCUAGCUUAAGAUAAUUGCUAGUCUUUGAGAAGAAUUAGUAGGAAUAAAUACUAUUCCUACAAUUUGUUUCUUAAGAUCUUGUUGCAGGCCAUAGAUGCCAUUGGAAUACCACCUUAUUUAUGCCAAAUGUUUCUGAAUACUCCCAGAUAUGCUGUGCUUGACCCUCCAAGAGAAACUGGUAGACAGCAAUCUCAGAAAGGCUUCACAAGGGCCUUUAGUACCUCAUCUUUUAUAAACUUUCUCAAAGCUUCCUUCAGAGAAGUAUAUUACUUUCUGGCCUUGCUUAUGAAUAUGAGUUCAAACAAAAGCCAAGGUGGAUAAUUAAGAGACAACGUAUUUGUCUCAGCAUAUAGGUGUAGUCAGAAGUAAUGUGACAGUAGAUACCAAAAUGCUUGGCUGUAUUGAGCCACAAAUAGAAUAUGGAGGUAUCACUGCUUGGUUGGAAGGGCCUUCUUGUAGAAAUGGCACUGGAAAAGGAGGCUGGAAAUUUGGCAGAGCUCAGAAGCGUCCCCAAGUAAAUACUUGGUUUGAUCAUCUUGUUCAUAAGUUUUGAGGUCUUCCCUAUCUCAGCCUUCCAGGUGUACUGUUCUAUAGUCCCAUCAUCUCUAUAAAAGCAUACCUAGUGGCCAAGAGUGUCUGAGGGUAAGGGAGGCUGUGGUUAAAUGUAGCUAGUGGGACGACUGGUCUACAAUGUAUAAAUUGGAAUCAUAUAUAUAAUUCCCAGAUACUGAAAUUAGACAUCUUCAGUGGACCUAAUCUGAGUUUACUUGCAUGCUGUUACGGAGCUCAUUCAACAUUUGUUGUGGGAUUAUUUUAUGAUUCUUUUGCUGGCUAGCUCUGCAAUGACUGUAGUGUAGAAUAUUGACAUUUGGGGCAGUAAGAAAUCCCAUGAAUCCAGAAAUAUAAGGGAAACAAGCUUGUUUUCAGGCUAGUCAAGACAGCCAGUUGAACUUCCGUAACAUAGGGAUGAACAAGGUUCGUUGCUUUGAAUUUAAGCAAACUCUUGGGGGUUUGGCAAGGUGAAAAAAAGAAUUGGGAAGAAGCUAUUUGAGGAGUAUAGAACAUAGUCUUGAUAAGGGAUUGACUCAAGAUUUGUUCUCUCUUUUGGGAUUGUUAACUGAGCUGGCACUGUUAAGUUGGAGAGAACUUUCUUAGGAUAUUGUAAUAUUUAUUUAUACUAGUAACUCUCUCUAAAAUACAACAGUGUAUGUUUCACCUACAUGCCUUGGUAUAUGUGUGAUGUGCAUCUGUAUUUUAAAAAUUGGUUCAAUUAUUUCGCAUAUUUUGGUUUAUCUUUUACCUUCUGUGGAAGCUUGUAAGAAAUAUUUCAGUCUUACACAUUUAUAGAUAUCCUAACAUUUGGGAAAAUCCUCCCUUUUUAAAAUCUAAUUUUAAAAACAGUAAAACAGUCAUUGUGUUAAUUGCUUGAAUGCAGCCUGUAUUAUUUCAGUAGAUUACUUUUAGAGCUUGUACUGUGUUUUUCUAUUAAGACUAAUUUCCAGUAUUAUUUUAGAUGAAUUUGCCUGCCUUUAGUCUCCCUGUAGGUGCCUCAGAAUCUGUUUCAGAGUAUUGGGGAACAAUUUAGUGGACACAGAGAGAUCUAGUGAGGAGUGAUUUAGUUGUUGCUGGUAACUUGUUAUGAACUACUGCUUGUCACCCUUCCCUUUCAGAUAGCUGAUAACACUUGUAUUCCAUUACUGUAUGGCUCCAAGGGGUAGUGAAGCCCCUGAAACCAUUUCAGUUUUAUAAGAGUUUAUGAUUAUAUUAUGGCUCCUUUUCUAAAAGAUCAGUAAAGGAACCAGAAAUUAACUCUUUGUAACCGUAAAUGGUUUGUUCUUCCUAACAAAGCUAGGAUUCGUAAGCUUAGAACAAAGUCUGUUCUGAUCAGUGAUAAGGAACAAUAUGAUAGGAGCUUGAGUUUGGAAUUAUAUGGUAAAUUGUUUGUACCUGGUUGGGUUAGUUGGUACAUUUGCAGGGUGGGGAGGAGCAUUAGGUAAAAGGGGAAGCAUUAAAUGCACAGCAACCCGUGUAAAAUUUUCUCAUUACGCCUAUUUUGUUUAUAUGAAUGCAGUAUUUCAGAGGAAAAUGUUCCUUCGUCAAGGGCUUAUCUAUGCCGUGACAAAAAAAUUCUUGUUAACUUGCUAUGUGGAAUCAACACAGGACUCAAAGCAAAAAUAAUCAAGGCUGACUGCAGUCUUUAUUGAUACAGUGCGCACUGGAGGGGUCCUCACCAAGAUGGUGGGUGCCUUCCCUACAGACAAAAGAAAUGCACUGAUAUUUAUACAUUAAGGUUUCCCUUGACAUUAAAUCCACUCGUGUCUGACUCUAAGGGGCGGCGCUCAUCUCUGUUUCAAAGCCAAAGAGCCGGCGUCUGUAGACACCUCCGUGGUCAUGUGGCCGGCAUGACUACACGGAACGCCGUUACCUGCCCGCCGAAGCAGUACCUAUUAAUCUACUCACAUUUGCAUGCUUUCGAACUGCUAGGUUGGCAGGAGCUGGGACUAGCAACAGGAGCUCACCCCAUCACGCGGAUUCGAACCGCCGACCUUCCGAUUGGCAAGUUCAGCGGUUUAACCCGCAGCGCCACCGGGUCCCCUUAUUUAUACAUUACAGAAAAGGAAAUGAUGUAAGCAUGCAUAUUCAUAUGUCUUAUGCAGGCAUAUACUGUAUACAUAUUCAUAAGCAACGCACCUCAAGUUACUUUCUGUCCUACUUACCUACUUUGAAGAAAGCCAUUGUCUUGGUAGGAAGAAGGGAGGGAGCAAACUUCUUGAAUACAGGGAUUUGUGGGUUGCUAUAGGAAUGUCCUGAGAAAAGUUAGCAAAAGCUGCAGAAGCUGGUGUGAGAUAGCUUCCAAGGCUGUUGCCACAUACCUUCAUGUUUCAGUUUGGUUUAAACGGGACCAUUCAUCUGAAAACUUAUUUUUCUCACAGCUAGAAUUUCACAGCAGAAUUUGGCUGUAAAACAAUAAGCCUUGGGAUUUUUAAGUUAUCUUUCAUUUUAUAUCAUACAGUACAAAAAUCACACUUCUGCACAGAAAUCACACAGGACACACAAUAUGUUAACAGUAUAUCCAUUUGUUUUUAGUUUAGUUGUCUUGAACUGCAGAGUCUCAUCCUACAUCCACCUGAAAAUCUACUAAAGUAUUUCCUUCUAUUAAAACUAUCACUGUUGGGGAGAAUUUCUGUGAGAAAAAUGAAUGUCUUGCCAAAACGAUUUUUUUUUGUUUCAGACAAUACCUGUUUUGACAAUGGAUGUACCGUUUAAAGAAUGGCAAAAAGACAUAUCUAAAUUUAUAUGGCAAGAGAAAAAAUGAGUUAAAUAUAAAAUGUUACAAGAUGCAAAGGACAGAGGAGGAUUGGGUUUACCAGAUUUGAAAUUGUAUUUCACUGCUUGUUCGUUCUGGAUGAAAGAAUGGGUGUUGCUGAGAAACAAGAGACUUUUACAGUUAGAAGAUCAUGACAAGAGGUUUGGAUGGAAUGGAUAUUUAUGGCAUGAUAAAGUCGAAAUUAAUGUGGACUUUAAAAAUCAUUUUAUUAGGCAUGCCAUAUAGAAGAUACGGAAUAGAUAUAAACUCAGGUUUUGCCUGAAAGCACCUUUAUAGAUUUCACCUCAAGAAGCAUCUUACAGAAAUGACACAUAAAGAUAAAUGGUUGACAUGCCGGGAGUUACUGGAAAAUUACCAAGGGGAAUUUAAAAUUAAAUCAAGAGAACAACUAAUAGCAGAAGGAUAUAGCUGUCAAUGGUUUUCCCAUUUACAGUUACUUGAAAGAUUUAAAAUGGAUAAAAAAAACUCAUGGUAUGGAAUAAAGUAAAUCAGAAUUUGAAAUACAGUUGUGUACUGAUAAUGAGCAUGUAAUUGCUAAAAUGUACAAACUUUUGUGGAAAUUUGAAACAGUCAAAGAACAGAUUAAAGAAUGUAUGAUGAAGUGGGCUAAGAAUUUUAGUUAUAAUAUUCAGAUGGAUCAAUGGGAAAAUAUGUGGUUAAAAGGAUUGAAAUUUACAUUGUGUUAUGGUCUCAAAGAGAAUUUUUAUAAAAUUAUGUAUUGUUGGUACAUGA